CUUAACACUGCUUCCAAGGUGCACACGCCUUUUGGUCCUCCAUCUGAAGUCCGGAGUAGCGCGACGCAGGCUGGUUCCUUUAUUUGAACAACUCCUUUGUUCACAAUUAUCAACAUCACUCGCGUUUGUUCUAUCACUACAGGCACCCACCAUGCCUGCGUCAACGGCGGAGGCGCCAGCCGUUUCGCUGUCUUUCGCAAACAACUUCUGGGGCAAGGAUGAUGCUGGAGUUGGGCCUAUGCUCAGCCGUUUGGCUGGUGCUAAGCAGACCUGCGACGAAUUAAGAUCUUUCUAUGGCGCACGAGCCUCGAUUGAAGACGAAUACGCCCGAAAGCUCGGGAGCUUGUGCAGAAAAUCACUGGGAUCCAACGAAUCAGGUACUCUGAAGACAUCCUUGGAUACUCUCCGUGGCGAGGUCGAGCAGAUGGCCAAACAACAUCAAAGUAUCGCAGCACAGAUGAAAACGGAGUUGGAGGAGCCAUUGGGUGCAUUCGCUGGCGGUAUGAAGGAGCGGCGCAAGAUCGUCCAGAACACCGUGGAGAAGCUCCUCAAGGUCAAAAUGCAGCAAACACAACAUGUGAACAAGACACGAGACAAGUACGAGCAAGAGUGCCUGAAGAUUAAAGGUUACCUUGCUCAAGGCCACAUGGUCAUGGGUCAGGAAGAACGACGUAACAAGGCGAAGCUUGAGAAGACACAGAUCAGCCUCGCAACCUCCAACACCGAAUAUGAGACCGCUGUCAAGGCUCUGGAAGAUACCACUGCCAGGUGGAACAGAGAGUGGAAGGCGGCGGCCGACAAGUUCCAGGACUUGGAAGAGGAGCGCUUGGAUUUCACGAAGAGCAGCUUGUGGACCUUUGCCAACAUCGCAUCCACGGUUUGCGUUAGUGACGACUCAUCGUGUGAGAAGAUUCGACUGUCUUUGGAGAAGAUGGACGUCGAGAAGGAUAUCAUCACAUUCAUUACCGAUCGUGGCACAGGACAGGAAAUUCCUGACGCACCGAGGUACAUCAACUUCUGCCGCGGCGAUAUCAACGAUAGCCAGUCCGAGGCUUCGGAAGAUGACAACUACUCGGUGGCCCAGUUCCCUCGCAGUAUCAACCCUGCAUUUAGGUCAUCCUCUCCCCAGCCAUCUACCUUUGAGUCACAUCACGACCCGGACUCGGCCUUGGCUCUCAACCUGGCACAUAGAGAGACCGCACCACUCAGUCGACGAGAGCCGACCCUCUCUCCCCAGAAGGCCGUUCAGCCACCCCCCGACGAGAUACUGCCGCAGCUCCAGCAACCUCCUAUCCAACAACAGCAGCAGCUUAUGCAUCAGCCGCCCCCCCUUCAAAAACAACUUCAUCAUCAGCAACCUCCUCGCCAGCAACCUUCUCACCAGCCUCCCCCGCAACCCCUUCAACAGUCUCUUCAGCAACGACAGCAUCCAAUGCACCAACAGAUGACUCAACCGAUGGCGCAGCCCAUGCGACAGCCGAUAGAGCAGCCUAUGAGGCAGUCAAUGGAGCAGCCUAUGAGGCAGUCGAUGGAGCAGCCCAUGAGGCAGUCGAUGGAGCAACCGAUGAGACAGGCGAUAGAGAAACCGAUUAGACAACCGCUCGAGCAACCUAUGAGACAGCCGUUGGAGCAACCGAUGAGACAGCCGUUGGAGCAACCGAUGAGACAGUCAUUGGAGAUGAGGAGGUCUACCGAGGAGCAGUACCAUCGGCAGCCAGCCCAGGCGGCUCCUGCGCAGAUCAAGGGCUACGACGUGAACCAACACGGCCCUGUGGCCGCAGUACCGCAUGACCCGUAUCCCAUGGACGGAAUGACAAUGUUGUGCCGUACUGGGCCCCCUGGCCCGCCUUCUGAUCGAAGCUCUCAGGUCACUUCUGCCCGACCCUCGAGCAGAGAUUCUCACAGCGACUAUUCCAACCCAACUUCAUUCUCUAGCAUGGAACCACCUAGUGGAAAGACAUCACCCGUCAAGCAAAAUCCUGCUCCCGUCCCAAGCCCCAUAAAACUCGUUGCGAAGAAGAAGAGUGGAUUCUUGAAGAAUCACACCCCCCUAUUCAGACGCAAGAGUCAAAAGGAGAUUCAGCCUACAACUCAGUCGAAUAGGAACACUUGGCAUGCAGCCAGCUCGCGUAACAACGCAAGUCCCACCCGCCGACCGCAGGCAUAUAACCCAGAACCCCAGAUCCUGGCUCAGGAACGGACUCAAAGUCCCGAGCCUAUUGAUGCGAAUGCUAGCUUGGCAUUGGGAGUUGGCCAGAACGUGUUCCCGGUAUCCAACCCAGACGAGAAGAAGCGACCCGGCGCGACUCCUGCGAAGGAACCUGAAGAGGUCGACCCUCUUGCUCUUGCUCUCGCAAAAAUCAAGGGUAAUUCCAUUGGCAAGCAGUCUUCCGUGAGGAUGUCCGCUGACCACUACCACGGCAUCGAAACACCUGUUCCUUCGUCUGAGGCAAGCGUGCCUCGAUCUGUCCCAGUGCCUGGAAACCAGGAAGCGGCAUCCGUGAAGAGGGGAACGCCUCCCCCCUCAUAUCACACUCAAACUCAAGUAUCCAGGUUGGGUGUGCCUCCUCCCGCAGUGACUUCCAGGGCCAUGAAGGAAGCAACCAAGAAAGUCACCACCCAGACCAGAAGUGUGUUUGGAGAGGCGGCUGGCCGAGCUGGAUCGGGUGGUUACAACCCGCCCCCCUCGCGACCUACCACUCGAGGCACUGAUAUGAGCGGAAGCUAUGGUACAGCCCCCUCACGAUCUGGUACAAGGGCAACUGAGAUGAGCCGACCUGAUAAAGGCGGAUAUAACGCACCUCCCAUGUCUCGCUCAGGUACUCGGGCAACUGAUGUGCCCUCUCCUAUCGCUCGACCAGGCACACGAGGAUCUGACAUGUCUCGAGGAUCUGGAGUCUAUGGAACUUCCCCCGUCUCAAGACCAGGAACCAGAGGUACUGAUAUGCCCAGGGCUACCUCACCAGCCCCCAUGCGAAGUGCGUCACCCCAGCCGCCUAGGCCCGAUUCUUCUAGGAUGAGUUAUCGAUCGGCGUCACCAAACCCUUACGCUGGUAGCCAGCGCAGCCCAUCCCAGAUGAGCUCGCCGCAAAAGCGUGGCUCUGAUCAGGGCUACUAUCAGCAGCCGUCUCCCCAAGAGGCCAGCCGAGCGCCAUCUCCUGCCAGAUAUAGGGAUUACAACCGCCCACAGAGCAGCUAUGGUGGCAGUGAGAUGGCCGUCCAGCUUGCUCCUGUAGGUAACGAUCCAUAUGGCUCACAGAGAAGCCGAGGCAGUCGACCACAGUCCCGUGCUACAGGGCACUUUAACGAGGAAGGCUCGCGUCAACGAAGCAAGAGUGUUGCCGAUCCUUCUCGACUCUACACUAGCGAUGGUAGAGCAAUCCUACAUUACGCACGCGCAUUGUACGUGUACCAGGCGGCUAUUCCCGAGGAGCUGGGCUUUGCCAAGGGUGAUUAUUUGGCGGUCCUCCGGCACCAAGACGACGGAUGGUGGGAGGCUGAGGUCCACGGCGCGAACGGACGCAUCGGGCUGUUGUACGGAUGUAUCUCUAACAUCCUCGAGAAAGCCCACAGAUAUCGCAGCCUCAUUAUCCGUGCCGGGCAUGAAACUUUACAGGAAACUGCUCGCCUCGUAACCUCAAAGCCCGUCCAGCGGGUUGUGGUUAACACCGUCCUCCUGAUAUCCAGCGCCGUCACCCUCCUUGGAAUCGCUGGAAUCGCAUCGGCCCUGUUCUUUCAGAAUUUCCUCCCCCAUGAAGUUGUUACGACGCCGUUGCAUCUGCAAUAUGGGUCUGGUGUCAAUCCGUAUGGCAUCGCGUCAAUCGCUACGCCGCCGAUGAAGUCGCAACAAGAAUACGAUAUAUCCCUAACCUUAUCUAUGCCUCGAUCCGCACCGAACAUCGAUCGAGGAAACUUCAUGAUCAGCCUGCACCUUCUCGACGCGACAGCCGACGGUCGACUCGACACGAGUGCCCAACUGCAUGCCGCUGAGCAUGCGGGUUUUGGAGAAACAGAAGUUCUAUUCAGCUCCCGCAGAUCAGCCUUGCUACCAUACGUCGACCCCUUCGUCUCGCUCGCGACCCGGGUCUUGUUUCUAUUCUACCAUAUAUUUGCACCCGGAUCCAGCACCAGCGAAAUGGUCAUACCACUAGCUGAGCGAGUUUGGUUCCCAAAAGGCUCGAAAAUCCCAGGUUCUGCCUAUGUGGAAGUCGAGGCUGGACAAGCGAUUCAGGUUUACCACGCAGGCCUGAGGCUGACUGCCCAGCUCCGUGGACUCCGUUGGCUGAUGGUGCACUACCGUAUUUCCACAUACCUUGCGUUUACCUUUCUUUCUUGGGUUUGCGAACUCGUCUUUAUGGGAAUCGCGUGGGGCAUCUGGAGUGCGACGACUGGAUCGCCGCCAGGGGAUGGUGACGUCAAAACGCGGGGACUAGAGGGAGCCUGGCGGCAAGCCGUCAAGGACGAAGAAGAGGAGGAAGGGGGACAAAGAGAAGAGGAGGAUCGCCCUACCACGUUUCCAACGUACGGGAGGCAACCACCACUCAAAUACGAACCAGAAGUAAAGCAGGAGGGAGUUGAAGAGCAGCCGCUAUCGGAGCUUCCCAGAGGAGGAGCCGACGCCGACGAUGAGGACGAGGAUGACGACGAAGACGAUGACGACGCCCAGAAGAGAGACUCUGGGCUUGGAACAAGCUACAGUGAGGAGGGAAGUGGAAGGAUCCGUAGAAGGGCAUCACGGAACAUGGAGGAGUAAAGGGUUGGAUGUGAUGGGAUGAAAUGUGGAAAUGUGAUUGAUGGGGCGUGAUGGGCCAUGAAGGGAUAUGAGUGACGAAAUGAUUGAUGGCUUGUAGAUAUAUACCCGAGGUGCUUUUACGACGACUUGUUUUGAUUCUGAUGUAAGGAGUUGUGACGACAUGGAUAUUAAGGUUGCACAGUUGACCUGUGUCCUUGUCUCCCCUACCUGCAAUGAUGUUUUGACGAG